AUGCCUGAGCGGACACAAACAAUCUAUUCUAAUGAUGUCCUGUGGAUGACUCAAGAGUUGAAAUCCCAAAUACGUAAACAUCAGACCGCUCUGGCAGAGGGUAAUCAUGUGUUGUUUAAGUAUUAUCACAACCUUGUCAACAGAAACCGUUGUAGGGAAGUAUAUUAUAACACCAAAGUUGCUCGCCUUAAAGAUAGCAAGCCGAAACACUGGUGGAACAAAGUCAAACGAAUCAGUGGUCAUUCUCCAGUUUCUAAUCGAAACAAUACUAAUAUUGAGUCUUCACUUCCCACUCAAAUCACUGAUCAGCGGUCGUGCGAUGAGUUAGCCGAUUUCAUAAAUGAAUCCUUCUUAGAACCACAGCAAAUGUUUGAACCUCUUGAUGAGUCCAGCAAACUUUGUGAUGAAAAUUUUACAUCAUUAACAUGUAAAUUGCAAGUAACCGAACUUGAG